GAACUUUGAUACCAGCAAUCUAAUAACAUACCUACGAAAAGGUUAUCUGAAUAAACGUCUUGAUUUCGCAAACUAUACGAUACCUUAUAUCCCUUAAUUCCUAUCCAUCUACACUGCAUGGCACUCGGCGAACACAACACUCAACGACCACAUUGACACAAUGCUUCACCACAGCGAUAUUUACUAUUACAGUAAUGAUAUCAACCAAUUUAUCCCCAAGAACAGCGCCGCCCUCUCCCGAAGGACGCCCCGAGACUCUUGAAUACAAAGCGACUUGGCAGAGGAUCUUUUGUUCGCAAAUAUCUUCUCGUUUGCAUGAUCUAUUGAAUUCUGACACUCAACCACCACUACCAAAAUGGCGAACUCGAGCUGAACUUUAUCAUCGCGCAGGCCUCGAAUCUCCAUGGAUGUCACCGACUCCUUCUACAACUGAAACACGAUCGCCAAAUAUAUCUUCAUCCUCUCCUCAAAACGACAUAAGAUCAUCCACUUUAUCUUCUCCUCAAAGCGAUCCAUCGCAACUCAUAAAAACAGAUCGUGUCGCCUCGCUCAUACCUGCACCUCUACCUCUACCUGCCAAUAAGACUAUAUCCAAUCCGAAUCUCCGACGCGAAAACCCAAAACGAGAUCCAAUCCUAUCCAUCUCGCACAACCUACGACCAAAUCGCAAGGUCGCAAAACAUCCAAAUGCUCCGCGAGGUAUAACGAAAUUACGAUUGCGUGAACUUCCUUCCUGCAGACGAACACACAGGAUGGUUUUGAGGUCUACAACGAUGCGGAAUAUGAAAAAUGGUUGAACUUGCAGUUAAGCAAUUGGAGAUUAUUAAUGCAUACAUAUACAACCUAGAGAUUUUGGGAGACGAUGAUAUGCAACGAAUUGAUGUGCAACUACCUUGCGAUUUUCUGAUAUCAGAUGCCAAACAUCAAUCCUGGACGAAUGUCAAGGAGCAUAAUGUAAUGUUUAGGGAGAAUUUGGGUGUGGAGGGAUAAAGAGAAGUGAGGAUGAACGAGGAGACAUGAGGAGAUAUACAAUGCUUAUGAGGCAAGUUAUGGUGGACAGGUGGUAGCACUAGUAAGUAAUAUAGAUGCUAUUUGUUAUUCCAGUCACCGAGCACUGCUACCAGCCGAUCGCACCUUAAUAUUAUUUCACGGACUUUUUUAGUGGUCACUAUCAGUGAUGACUCAUUUCAAUAAGAAAAUAGUAACCUAGUUAAAAAGUCAUUAAUUAAUUAUCACUCGUUUUAACUAUUAUUCCUAGGAUCUUUUUAAUAAUCAAUACUAAUAAUAACCUAUUUCAAAAGAGGAAUAAUAAUCUAAUA